UGAUUGGAACCUUGUAUACUGAAUAAAAAUGAAGCAUUAUGUGGCUAUCCUGUUACUUUUUUAUGUCACCAGUGGCUCAUCCAGAUUUUUGAGCGAUAGUGUUUUAUUUGACGACAAUAGCAAGGGAUCAAACAAGGAAAUUAUGGUACAUCAAUCUGAAUAUAUCUUAAAAGCGGCGCCUUUUGGACUGGUCAGGUGCUCAACGACAUUGUGCUGUCCACCGGAAUACAAAUGUGGAACUAAUCUCAGUUGUUGGUUCAAUCAUGAGCCUAGGCAGAAAAUGGUUCCCUGUGUUGGAAGAAAAUUAUAAAAUUAUAAAAUGCUCAAAUUGUUCACAGAAACAUUAUGAAUAUUGCUGAAACAAUAUGAAUGAU